ACAUCUUUCAGCGCCCCCAAUUAAGAAAAUGUAAACUGCAGAGGUCGAAGUGAGGAGUUUAUCGCACUUUGCCAUUUGGAAGCCAUGUUUCGGACACCCAUUCAACAAAUUUUGAAGAGAACACUUGGUCAUUCUAUAAAAAACCCAGCACGAUGCACAUCAACAGGACAACAGCAGCCUGAAAAGAUUGAAGUAUUUAUUGAUGAUAAACCAGUAUUGGUUGAACCAAUCACACAUGUUUCUCAGGCUGCAGCAGUUGCAGGUGUUGAAAUCCCAAGAUUUUGCUAUCAUGAAAGGUUGUCUGUAGCUGGAAACUGUCGUAUGUGUUUAGUGGAAGUGGAAAAAUCAGCUAAACCUAUUGCAGCCUGUGCUAUGCCUGUUAUGAAAGGUUGGAGAAUUAAAACAGACUCAGAGAUGACAAGGAAAGCAAGGGAGGGUGUAAUGGAGUUUUUGUUGGUCAACCACCCUCUUGAUUGUCCAAUCUGUGACCAAGGAGGAGAGUGUGAUUUGCAGGACCAGUCAAUGGCCUUUGGAAGUGAUCGUAGUAGGUUUGUGGAUAUUGAAUUUACUGGAAAAAGAGCUGUUGAAGACAAAAACGUGGGACCUCUCAUCAAAACCAUCAUGACCAGAUGCAUACACUGUACUCGUUGCAUCCGAUUUGCCAGUGAAAUUUGUGGAGUGGAUGACCUAGGAACAACGGGAAGAGGAAGUGAUAUGCAAGUGGGCACUUACGUUGAAAAAAUGAUCAUGUCAGAAUUAUCUGGUAAUGUUAUUGACCUGUGUCCAGUGGGAGCCCUUACCUCAAAACCAUAUGCAUUUACCGCCAGGCCUUGGGAGACUAGGAAAACAGAGAGUAUAGAUAUUAUGGAUGCAGUUGGAUCAAAUAUUGUUGUCAGCAGCAGGACCGGAGAAGUGCUUAGAAUUCUUCCUAGGAUGAAUGAGGAUAUCAAUGAAGAAUGGUUGUCAGACAAAUCAAGGUUUGCUUAUGAUGGCCUGAAGCGUCAGAGACUAACCUCGCCAAUGUGUAAAUCAAAAGAGGGAAUUUUGGAACCUUGUGAUUGGGAAGAUGCAUUAGUGAAAGUAGCACAGAAGCUUCAGUCAGUUCCUGGCCAACAGGUGGCAGCAGUAGCUGGGGGAAUGGCAGAUGGCGAGGCUCUGGUAGCUUUGAAAGACUUGCUUAAUAGAUUAGGAAGUGAAGGACUGUGUACAGAAGAGAUCUUUCCAAUGGAUGGCUCAGGGACUGAUCUUCGAUCUGGCUACCUUUUCAACACCAAGAUCGCAGGUGUAGAAGAUGCUGAUCUGUUGCUUCUGAUUGGUACUAACCCUCGGCUUGAAGCGGCACUCUUCAAUGCUCGUAUCAGGAAAUGUUGGGUUCAUAAUGAACUUAAAGUUGCCUUAGUUGGACCUAAACUUGAUCUUACAUAUGAGUAUGAGCAUCUUGGAGAUUCACCCACUGUCCUGAAAGAUAUUGCUGAAGGCAAACAUCCUUUUAGCAAAGCUCUUGCUGCAGCCAAGAAACCAAUUGUGGUUCUUGGAAGCAUUAUGUUUCAACGGCCUGAUGGUGCUGCCAUCUACAGUGCUGUAAGUCAGAUAGCCCAGAAAAACCAAGCUAAAGUGGGACCGGACUGGAAAGUGUUGAACAUACUGCACAGGGUAGCCAAUCAGGUAGCAGCCCUAGAUGUUGGAUACAAGGCUGGUGUUAAUUAUAUUCGUGAACAUCCACCAAAAGUUUUGUACCUCUUGGAUGCUGAUGAGGGAGCAAUUACUAAAGAUGACUUGCCAGAUGAUUGUUUUAUUAUAUAUCAAGGUCAUCAUGGGGAUGCUGGUGCAGAAAUUGCUGAUGUGAUCCUUCCAGGAGCAGCCUACACUGAAAAGCAAGCAACAUAUAUCAAUAUGGAAGGUCGUGCUCAACAAACCAUGGUGGCUGUCACUCCUCCCGGUAUGGCCAGAGAAGACUGGAAAAUAGUUCGAGCCUUAUCUGAGUUCUAUUUCCAGGCUGUGCAGCUUCAGUUUGCAUCCCAGCCUCUUGAACCCAAGUUGAAAUCUCUGGUUGAUUUCUACAUGACAGACUCCAUCAGCAGAGCCUCCCCUACUAUGGCAAAGUGUAUGAAUGCUGUUAAUAAACAGAUAGAGACAAAUAACUAGAUCUGUAUCAAUUGUCUAUGAAAAACUGAAACCAAAAUAUUAUGUUCAGGAAACCUUGAGUUUAAACUGGAAUCCUAGAACAAGUAGAAAAAUCCACAUCUUGAUUUGAACCAUAUUCCGUAUGGUCAUUAGAAUCAAAUAGUUUUUCUAAAGUGGCAGACCAUUUUCAUUGAUGACAAUGUCGUGUAUUUCUUCUUGAUAUCAACUGUGCUGUUUUUAUUGUUACUUACAAAUAAAACUGAAGUUGGUUCACUUAAA